GCCGGCGGGCGCUCAGGAAGGCGGCUCCGAAGGGGCGGGAGGGUGAGCGUACCCUCCCGGGAGGGACCGCACCUGAGCCCGGACCCACGCCCGCCCGGCUGGGGUCCCUCCCUCUGGCUGAAGGUGGGCUGCGGCGCCCAGCCCUUGGCGGUGGGCGGCGGGGACUGAGGUGAGCGGCGUCCGCGCCCCCGCUGCUGCGCCCUCCUCCCCUUCCCGCAGACAGAGCGCCCAUCGGCCGCCUCGUCCCUCCCGGACACCAUGGAGCUCUCCCCGUCGUCCGGAGGAGCCGCAGAGGCGCUGUCCUGGCCGGAGAUGUUCGCGGGGCUGGAGUCCGACUCGCCUCUGCCCCCGGAGGAUCUGGAAGCGGUUGUCCCAGUCAGUGGAGCCGUGGCCGGUGGCAUGUUGGAUCGAAUCCUCCUGGAGUCCGUGUGCCAGCAACAGAGCUGGGUCCGGGUGUACGAUGUGAAAGGACCACCCACCCAUCGUCUGUCCUGUGGUCAGUCACCCUACACUGAGACAACAACAUGGGAACGGAAGUACUGCAUCCUAACAGACAGCCAGUUGGUGUUGCUCAACAAGGAGAAGGAGAUACCUGUGGAAGGAGGACAGGAGCAACAGACAGAUUCCACUAAAGGGCGAUGCCUAAGGAGAACUGUCAGCGUCCCUUCCGAGGGCCAGUUUCCUGAAUACCCACCAGAGGGCACCAGCAAACUGGAGGUACCAGCAGAAAGGUCCCCCCGUAGACGGAGUAUCUCAGGGACCAGUACAUCAGAGAAACCCAGUUCCAUGGACACUGCAAAUACCUCACCCUUCAAAGUACCAGGAUUCUUCAGCAAGCGCCUGAAAGGCUCCAUCAAGAGGACCAAAAGCCAGUCAAAGCUUGACAGAAACACGAGCUUUCGGCUUCCAUCCCUUCGUAAUACAGAUGAAAGGUCUCGUGGGCUGCCUAAAUUAAAAGAAUCACGUUCCCAUGAAUCCUUGCUCAGCCCAUGCAGUGCAGUGGAAUGUCUGGAUCUUGGUAGAGGGGAGCCUGUGUCAGUGAAACCACUCCAUAGUAGCGUCCUUGGACAAGACUUCUGCUUUGAGGUCACUUAUAUAAGUGGAAGCAAAUGCUUCAGCUGUAACUCAGCUUCAGAAAGAGAUAAGUGGAUGGAAAACCUUCGAAGAACAGUUCAACCAAAUAAGGACAAUUGCAGACGAGCUGAAAAUGUUCUUCGUUUAUGGAUCAUUGAAGCCAAGGACCUUGCCCCUAAGAAGAAGUAUUUCUGUGAACUGUGCCUUGAUGAUACCCUCUUUGCUCGUACAACCAGCAAGACCAAAGCAGACAAUAUUUUCUGGGGUGAACAUUUUGAAUUCUACAGCCUUCCACCUCUUCAUAGUAUCACAGUUCACAUUUAUAAGGAUGUGGAAAAAAAGAAGAAAAAGGACAAAAAUAAUUAUGUAGGGCUUGUCAACAUCCCCACUGCCAGUGUUACUGGUCGCCAGUUUGUAGAAAAGUGGUAUCCAGUGAGUACGCCUACACCCAACAAAGGGAAGACAGGAGGACCUUCUAUUAGGAUUAAGUCACGUUUCCAAACUAUCACCAUUCUGCCUAUGGAGCAAUACAAAGAAUUUGCAGAAUUUGUCACCAGCAACUACACUAUGCUUUGUUCUGUUCUUGAGCCAGUAAUUAGUGUGAGAAAUAAAGAGGAGUUGGCUUGCGCCUUGGUGCACAUUCUUCAAAGUACUGGCAGAGCCAAGGAUUUUCUAACCGACUUGGUGAUGUCUGAGGUGGAUCGUUGUGGAGAGCAUGAUGUCUUGAUCUUCAGAGAGAACACCAUUGCCACAAAAUCCAUUGAGGAAUAUCUCAAGUUGGUGGGACAACAAUAUCUUCAUGAUGCACUAGGGGAGUUCAUCAAAGCUUUGUAUGAAUCAGAUGAGAACUGUGAGGUAGAUCCCAGCAAAUGUUCAUCUAGUGAACUGAUAGACCAUCAGAGCAAUCUAAAAAUGUGCUGUGAACUGGCUUUCUGCAAGAUCAUCAACUCUUACUGUGUUUUCCCUCGUGAAUUGAAAGAAGUAUUUGCAUCAUGGAAGCAGCAGUGCCUAAACCGAGGCAAGCAAGACAUCAGUGAGCGGCUCAUUAGUGCCUCGUUAUUUCUCCGUUUUCUUUGCCCAGCCAUUAUGUCUCCCAGUCUUUUCAACCUUAUGCAGGAGUAUCCUGAUGACCGUACAUCUCGGACUCUAACUCUUAUUGCCAAGGUCAUUCAGAACCUGGCCAACUUUGCCAAGUUUGGUAACAAAGAGGAAUACAUGGCAUUCAUGAAUGAUUUUUUAGAACAUGAAUGGGGUGGAAUGAAGCGCUUUCUUUUGGAGAUCUCUAAUCCAGACACCAUCUCAAAUACCCCAGGCUUUGAUGGUUACAUUGAUCUGGGCCGAGAGCUUUCAGUUUUGCAUUCCUUACUGUGGGAAGUAGUUUCCCAACUUGAUAAGGGUGACAAUUCCUUCCUACAGGCAACCGUGGCAAAAUUGGGGCCUCUCCCCCGUGUUCUCGCUGAUAUUACCAAGUCUCUGACUAAUCCUACGCCAAUACAACAGCAACUGAGACGUUUCACUGAGCAUAACUCCAGUCCAAAUGUCAGUGGGAGCCUCUCUUCUGGGCUGCAGAAAAUAUUUGAAGACCCCACUGACAGUGAUUUGCAUAAACUAAAAUCUCCAAGCCAGGACAACACAGACAGCUAUUUCAGGGGCAAAACAUUAUUGCUGGUUCAGCAGGCCUCCUCCCAGAGCAUGACUUAUUCUGAAAAGGAUGAAAAGGAAAGUAGCCUUCCUAAUGGUCGAAGUGUCUCCCUUAUGGACCUCCAGGAUACUCAUGCUGUUCAGGUGGAGCACGCAUCGGUCAUGCUUGAUGUGCCUGUGCGCUGGACCGGAAGCCAGCUUUCUAUAACCCAGGUGGCCAGCAUCAAGCAUCUGCGGGAAACCCAGAGCACCCCCCAGAGUGCGCCUCAAGUGAGAAGGCCCCUGCAUCCAGCCUUGAACCAGCCAGGAAGUCUCCAGCCCUUGUCAUUCCAGAAUCCUGUUUACCACCUCAAUAAUCCAAUUCCAGCACUGCCAAAGGCCUCUGUUGAUUCCAGUUUGGAAAACCUAAGCACUGCCAGUUCUAGAAGCCAAAGUAACAGUGAAGACUUCAAACUCAGUGGACCCAGCAAUAGCAGCAUGGAAGAUUUCACCAAACGUAGCACUCAGAGUGAAGAUUUCUCCCGGCGGCACAAUAUGCCAGACAGACACAUACCUCUUGUUCUACCACGACAAAACAGCACUGGGCAAACACAGAUCCGAAAAAUGGACCAGGCUGGGUUAGGUGCCAGAGCCAAAGCCCCCCCAUCCCUGCCCCAUAGUGCUUCCUUACGUAGCACUGGGAGCAUGUCAGUGACAUCUGCAGCCUUGGUGGCUGAACCUGUGCAGAAUGGGAGCCGGUCCCGGCAGCAGUCCUCUUCCUCCAGAGAAAGCCCUGUUCCCAAAGUGAGAGCAAUCCAGAGACAGCAGACACAGCAGGUUCAGUCACCUGUGGACUCUGCCACAAUGUCCCCAGUAGAGAGGACAGCAGCCUGGGUUCUAAACAAUGGACAAUAUGAAGAGGAUGUAGAAGACACUGAGCAAAAUCAAGAUGAAGCUAAGCAUGCUGAGAAGUAUGAACAAGAAAUUAGCAAACUGAAGGAGCGCCUGAGAGUGUCCAGCCGGCGGCUGGAGGAAUAUGAACGGCGGCUGCUGGUACAGGAGCAGCAGAUGCAGAAGCUGCUGCUGGAAUACAAGGCCCGGCUGGAGGACAGUGAGGAGCGGCUGCGCAGGCAACAGGAAGAGAAAGACAGCCAGAUGAAAAGCAUCAUCAGCAGGCUAAUGGCUGUGGAAGAGGAACUGAAGAAGGAUCAUGCUGAGAUGCAAGCAGUUAUUGAUGCAAAGCAGAAAAUAAUUGAUGCCCAGGUCAUAAAUGGAAAUGAGAUUAUUCAAACAGGAAAAACGGAUCGUGUCCCUGGAUUCUGCCAACACCAGACUGAUGAGCGCGCUGACCCAAGUGAAGGAGCGGUACAGCAUGCAGGUCCGCAAUGGCAUCUCCCCCACCAAUCCCACCAAGCUUUCCAUCACGGAGAAUGGUGAAUUCAAAAACAGCAGCUGCUGACAGACUUUGUGAAUAUAGACUGUGGAAGGAGACAGAAGGAAAUUUACCCGCUCUCCUGUUCCCCACCCUUUACUCAGCCCCUCCAGGUUUACAGAAUGUUGCUACUUCAAAAUGGCAAUGUGGUGAGAAACUCAAGUGAAGAAAGGAACUUGUCUUUCAGGGCAUAAGUGAUGACUUCCAAGGUCAAGCUUACCCCGGUCUAUAUGUACAUAGGGAACUUAGUUCUGGGCCAUGUACAGAAAAUACCACUGUAAUAUACCAAAAGGAAGUUAAUAAUGUAGAUUGCCUUUUUAAUUAUUACUAUUUUUAUUAUUGUUUUGCUCUUGUUGAAAGCACUGCAGUUGUUAUAGGAGGAAAAGUAGGAACUGUAACUAGGUGUGAGUGAGAGAUGAGCCUGUGGGUUCAGUAGGUAGAGACCAAGUAUCUAUCUAAUAGAAGCACAUGGAGUGCAAUAGAAUAUUGUUAGAAUGAAUUUUUUCAGGGAUUCAUCUGCCAGUUUAAAAGCCCCAUUCUGAUCCCCUUGCCCUUUAGGAAUACAUGCAGAUACCAAGAUCCGUACAAAAUAAUAGUUUACAGCAUUGAUCAACUAAGAUAGAUUCUGGUCAGACAACUAGCCUAAGCUGGGGAUUCACUGUUUUCAGGGGACAGAGAUAAAAGUGGUUGCAUCAAAACUGGACUUUAGGAGUGAUGUCUAGUGAACUCCUGUCGAUAUGUGUAUUUUCUGUCUACAGCAGAUCUGUUUUAGAUACGGGUUUUUUUUUAAAUUUUCACUCCUGUUGUAAUAAAGGGUGUUCUUUUUCCUCUAGAGUUUACUAAGGUAUAAAUAUGUGUGUCUCUACAUACAGUCUUUAUCUUCAUACAUCCACUGCCCAUGGUGGGAGCAGUCAUCACCAACAGGAUUUACUCUCCCCAGGAGAGAUUAUUCAAAUAUGCUAUUCAUAAGCCAUCUGAAAUAAACACUCUUUCUUCCACACAAAAAAAGGGCUAACAACAACUACUAGAAAUCUCUGAAUAUUUCCUAUUAAUUUUUUUGUAAUUUUAAGGUAUAUUUUUUGUUUGGGAUAAGAUUUUAUCCAUUGUACUAUGGGCAGGGUAAUUUUAUCUCCAAUAUUUAACUUCUAAACUGCUGCUUCUUCCUCUUAUUCCCUCAGAAUAAUUUAGAAAGGAAAGCCAGACCUGAAACAUCACUCUUAAAAGUGAUGCUAAGUCUUGUUUAAAAAAAGAAAGGAAAACUGUGUCAGGAUGGCACAUUCCUAUUGUUGUUCCCACACUUUCAGUAGAUUUGGCAAUAAUGACCCAUUUAUCAUCCAUGGCUUAUUAUAAGACAGAAAAAGUCAUGGAAAAGAAUUUUUCUCCAGAGGUAUAAAAUGUCAACUGGGAUGCAACCUUCAUUACCAGAAGUCUAGAAUGUUACAUGUUAAAUGGACAUUAUAUAUAUAUAAGUAUAUAUACAUAUAUAUUCACACAUAUGUACAUAUAACUGCACAAAUAGGAAACAUUCAUGCCUUCUGUGCUGUCAGAUACACAGACACAAUGUUAAAAGGGUCUUGAAUCUCUUUAAGCAAGACCUAAGCAAUUCUUUUAUAUUGGGACAGCAACAGUAUUUCUCAAGUGAGUUGUUUAUUUUAAAUUACAAACUUUAAGAAAUUUCUUUUAAAAAGUAAAGGGAGAAGAGAGAAAAAAGACCUUAGGGAGUCAUAUCUAUGGACUGUUUCUGCUUGUGUGAGUUGUUCUGCAUAAGGGAAGAACAUAUAUAAUGCCCUUUUUAGGAUGAAGCCCAGGCAUAGAUACCAAGAGCUCCUUUAUACCGAGUUCUAGGCUUGCAUUUCUGCUAUUGAGCUCUGCCCUCUCUCAGAUGGAUAUUUUGUUGAACCUUGCAUUUAAGCAACCUCAUCAAAGCCCCCAACCCACAACUUUUUAAAAUAUUUUUCAUUAGGGUCCCAAGUUCGAUCCCUGGUACCAAAAUAUAUAUAUAUUUUUUUCAUCAUAACAGCCCAUUUCUACCAGUGAUCCAAAAUAGGAGUUUCUCAUUGUACUUAGAAGAUCUAUAGACUUCAUGCCUAACCGUUUUGACACUACACUGUAUUUUUUGACCCUUAGUAGUUUUUUGUUUGUUUGUUUGUUUGUUUGUUUGUUUUUUGGUACCGGGGAUCGAACUCGGGUCCUUCCGCUUGGAAGGCAGGCUUCAGAACCACUGAGCUAAAUCCCUGGCCCCCCCACUUAGUAGUUAUUUUAUAAAUGCUUAUCUCUUCCCUCCAAACUGAGGGCACACAGUCAAAAUUAUUUAAUAGGAAGAAAGGUUACCAGUUCUGAAAUACAUUUUGUGUUAGUUGAGUGAGAAAGGACGUAAACAUAGAUCUGUUCUUUGUGGCUUAUUCUCAGCUCUAGCGAAGUUUAAUUCAUUCUUUUUUAAAGCCUGCAAUUGUACCAUAGAAAACCUAUGAAUUGUCAGUUUCAAUGGCCUUAAGUAUGUAAUGUAGGUGAUGUCUUGCAUUGAGGUGUGGAAGUUUUUCAAGCAUUGGCUAUGGACUCUAGAGGGCUGAUAAAAUUAUACUGGGGCUUUGAAGGAGACACCAAAAAAAUCAAGUAUGUUUUUGAUGAAUGUAUCAAAUCUUCUUAGCAUUGUGCAGCCCCCGCAGAGGGCAGUCUGCAUUGGAAGAUGAAACAUUUGGAAACAUUAUUCAGCCCUAUGCUGUCAAGUUAUCUUGAAUGAAGAGAAGAAAGUAAAAUAAUAAAAAGAAGUAAGAGGGUUAGAAAAGUUCAGAAUUGUUACCAGACGUUAAAUUUUAGAUGAAUUCUUUGAAUCUACUCCUGUCAUUUUUUAAAAUAUGCUGUAAUCUAUAGAGUUUAUUAUGAAAGGUUUUUUAAGUAUGAAGGCAGCAAUAGGUGACAGUUUUUAUGGAAGUGUUGCUUAAUUGGCUUUUCUUCAGUCCAAAUAUGUACAUACAUUUGUUUUGUUGGCAGGAGGUACAUGAUUGAAGAGAAGCUGAUUGGUUAAGAUAGCCAUGUCUUGCACUUGCAGUUUCCCUCAGUAUAUCACCACAUUAUGGAGUGGGGGUAAACCAGGGUUGAAUGGAAUUUAGAAUUCAGAUGAAGUGCUUAUGAAGUGCUUAUCUAGGUAAUAAUCAGACUUGGCUGUUAAGAAGGACAGUGUUGGUAGGGUUCAGGAAAAGAGCUUUAUGGUUCCCUUUUAUAUCACUGAAAAAUAAGAUUUCCAGGGCAAAGCAGUAAAAAGUUACAUUUCCAUCAGGCCAUCAUUAUUCCAAGUCUCUGCAAUAAAAGCCAUGACAGAGGAGCGAUUAUAACUAGGUUACCAUAACAAGCACUUGAGCCCUUACCUAUGUUCCAGGCAUUGUCACCAAGGUAGUUUCCAACUAGGAGACAGUCCUUUGGAAAGUACAAUGUGGCAAAAUGAGGUCAUCACACUGUUGUAGCUUUUUGCUCUUUUCACUUACUAUCAAGUUGGUCAAAAUUAGCUUUCUGACUGAUGUGCUUUCCCCUUUCUCUUUCAUGGGGUUGGAAAGAGUGUAUGAAAAAGUAAGAUUUUCUGUCUAAGACUGCUGUUAAACACUAAUUUUAUACCCUUGAGCCCCAGCUUAACUUUAGAAGCAUAGCUUUUCAGUAUUACCCUACCUGCUGCAUUUCUUAUGGGUGGAUGGUUCUGUAUGGCUUCACUGUGUCCUCAGAAGUACACCAGAUUGGGAAUAGAGUUCUUAUUUGGAAGUCCCAGAAAAAGACGACUGCCAUCAAGUGAGUUUAUAUUAGUAUUUGUGGGGUUUUUUUGUCCAGAUUUACUGCUAGUCAUUUCCAGUUUGGAGUUCCUGAGAAGUCUGGUUAUGGGACUGAGCUGAGCGAAGCAGCCCCCUUCAGGACUACCCUAGUCCCAUGAGUCUGCCGAAGUGUAGCUGAGCCCCAGGCUUGACACCAGUCAAGACUCCACAUUGGGUCAGACCCAGAAACCAGAGCUCAUACCACAGCUUCACUGCAUUUUCAGCUACACUUUUGGAGGCCACCCUCUCCUUCAGAGUUUAGAAAUCCUAAUGGACUUUCUUUUCUCCAUUCCCCUUUUUUUCCCAAGUCCAGUAGGGAAGCCCCUGCUCGCCCCAGCAAUAAAUAGUUGCCUUCCCACCUCUUAACUGGGGUAGUAUUUUUUUAUCCAUAUGUCCAUUGAAAACAUUUAUACUAGUUUCCUAGAGGCAAGAGAUGUUGAGGUGUUGAAUUUUUAAAUAGAAUCUCUUUUCAUGUUUGAAUGAUUAUUAUUAGUUCAAGCAGCAUUUUCUUAUUGUCAUGACCCAGUUACGAAUGCUCUUGAGUUUUGAAAGAACAAAACUGAUGAAAUUUGCAUGAGAUAGAAUAAAUAUCUUAUGAGGAAGAACCAAGGAUGACAUGCAAUCCAGAAGCAGACAUAGCAGUCUUCUCGGUAGCCUGGAGGUUCAAGGAGACAGGGAGAUUUCUAUCCCUUGCCCACUUUUAAAAGACAUAGAUGUAAACUGGGUGUGGUGAUGCACACCUGUAAUCCCAGCUCUCUGGAAGGCCGAGGCAGGAGGAUCACAAGCUUGAGUCUAGCCUAGGCAACUUAAUGAGACCCUGUCUCAAAAAAUCACUGGUGAUGUGUGGCCCUGGGUUCAACUCCCAGUAAUAUAUAGUUUCUAUGGAUAACAUGUCCAUGCUCACAGAAAAUACACAAUUCCUAGAGCUUCCUUUUUCUGAAUGUUAAUGUAUUUUAUAGAACAGUGAUUCCCAAACUUUCUUGAAUUUUUUAGAUAUGCUCUCAUUUAUUAGAUGUUAUGACAGUUGUUCUCUCCUAAGAAUGCACUAUAUGUGUUAUAUGUAUAUAUAAGUUAAAGUGACUUGAACUUGAUUUGUUUUGAUAUUGUCUCAAGAACGCUAGAUAUCAUCAUCAAUACCACAGGAAGUUAUAGAAAUAAAGUUGAACAUCACUGAUCAGAGUAGGAUACAGGAAGAAGUAGCUUUGGUUUCUGAUCAGUUAAUCCUCAGGUGUUUGAUUAACCAACCCAGUCAGACUUGACAAAUGCGGUGAACCACCCAAGGAAAGUGGUAGGUUUGGGUCAUAUUUCAGCAUGCAUUUUAAUUUCCUACUCGGUUGUUACUUUUCUUUCAAAUACCCUCAUUUUCCCCUAAGGAAUUUUUUGUUUGGGAUUUAAAACCAGAUUUAUCUUUUGGGGAACAGGGUUUCCACAGAAGCUGUGUUUUGGGAGUUUCCAUAUUCUGUAUAGGCCAUAAAUAUGUAUAACCAUCCUGUUUGGGAGUCUGUCAUUUCCAAACUCCCAAGGGAAAAAGUUUCAAGUUGCAAUUCACCAAUAGGUCAAAUAUUGAUUUAAUGAACAGUAUCCUCCAAAAAAGCUAAACAGUAAAGGUUAAAUUUUGACUGGUGCUUUGACCUUUCUUAGUUAUAUCAAAGUCAACUCAAGCUGAUAGCAUCACAUUUACGUGGAUCACACCUGUGAGGAAUUUACCUUCUCAAUUUAUUUUGUUUUUCAUCUCCAGGGCCUUAAUAAGAGUAUGUUAAUACACAUGACUAUUUUACAGUGAUAACUCUAAAUAAUUUAUUUUUUAUUUCAAGAAAGAGAAAUACACCUUAGAAUAAGAAAUCCCAAGAUUUUAUUUUAUUUUUAAAGCCAUAUUUUUGUGCUAAGUAGCACUUAGAUUGUUCCAUAUGUGAGAUCCAUAUCUGCAUUACAUUACCUGGGUUUGUUCUAAAGAAGAUUUAUUUUUGUUCUGUGAAUAAUUUUUGACAGUUCUUGUACAUGUACAGAUAUACAUACGUUUGAGGUCUUUUAUUGAUAUUCCUACAAAGAAUACAAAUAAACUUUAACUUUAAACAUUUCA